AGAGCACUCGUGAAGUCCCAGAUUGAGACCUGAGCAUCUACACUGAAGGAUUUGGCGCUUGGGGUCCUGGCAAUUGGGCACCAACCAAGGACGCUUGUGGAGCCCACUAGCUGCUUACAGGAGCUGAACGUAUCCCAAGGGGCCUUCAAGCAGAGGGAGCAGCACAGGCAGCCUGCCCAGGAGCCGACAUGGAGCAGAAGAUCAGCUCUUUCUUUAAUUCCAUCUUGGAGCUCAUCCGUACCAAGCAUGAGGAAGGUGUCUUCAACACUGUCUGCCUGGCUGUGCUGAUGGGUCUGCCCUUCGUCGUCCUCAUUGCGUUCAUUUUCAUCUGCUGCCACUGCUGCUUCUGUAGCCGGAGGGGAGAAAGCAGGAAAAAAGGUGGCCCCAGCAGCAACGGGCAGCUGCACACCGAGAGGAACAAGAAGAAAAAAAAGAAGAAGAAGGGUGAAGAGGACCUGUGGAUCUCUGCUCAGCCCAAGCUGCUCUUGCUGGACAAGAGACCCUCCUUGCCCAUCUAGCGAACAGGAGGGUGUUCAGGCCCUCCCCUCUGACAUGCCACCAGUCCUUUCAGCUGUGCACAAUGGGAGGCAAGGAGAUGCCAAAGC